AUGGAGAUUACGCAAAAUCUAGAAGAUGAUGUUAAGAAAAAAGAAGGGCCAAAUUAUAACUUUCAAGGUGGAAAGGCAAUGGCAAGUGUUAAAGCAGGGGAGGAGAUAGUUAUUUCAGGUAUGUCCGGAGCUUUCCCUAAUUCCAAUAAUAUCCACGAAUUUAGGGAUAAUUUAUACAAUAAGGUCAAUAUGGUGUUGCCAAAUAGAAGGUGGGAUCUAAUUCACCCAGAAAUUCCUCCUUGUUCAGGCACUAUUCCAGAUAUUGAGCAGUAUGACCGUGGAUUCUUUGGCGUUCACGAACGACAAUCAGAUUCACUGGACCCAGUAAUAUCACUAGUUCAAGAGAAAACAAUAGAAGCCAUUUUGGAUGCAGGUUUAAACCCUCUCGACCUGGAGAACACCAGGACUGGUGUAUUCAUGGGCGCUUGUUAUUGUGAAAAUGAUAAAAUGUGCUACUUCGUCAACCUGAUCCCAAAUUCCUACACUAUGACUGGAGCGCAAAGGUCUAUGAUAGCACAUCGACUGAGUUACUUCUUAAAAUUGAAAGGGCCGUCGUACGUAACCGACACAGCUUGUAGUAGUUCUUUGUACGCAUUUGAACAUGCUUACCAAGCCCUUCGACGAGGAGAGAUUGACAACGCCAUCGUCGGUGGAGUGAACUUGUGUUUGCAUCCGUUACAAACGCUGCAGUUUGCAAGAUUGGGAGUUCUAAGUAAGGACGGUACUUGCAAAUCAUUCGAUGAAGAAGGUAACGGCUAUGUCAGGUCAGAAGCUGUGGCGGUUCUGUUUCUUCAGAGGACCAAAAAUGCCAAAAGAAUAUAUGCUGAGGUGGUUUACGCCAAAACGAAUUGCGACGGAUAUAAGGAGCAAGGAAUCACUUUUCCCUCCAAAGAAAGGCAAGGGGAGCUGCUGACUGAAUUCUAUGACGAAUGUGGAGUCGACAGAUACAGUCUCAGCUUCUUGGAGGCCCACGGGACAGGUACUACCGUUGGAGAUCCGGAAGAAUGUUCUGCCAUCGAUGACGUUCUCGCAAAGCGGAGAACAGAACCUUUGCUGAUAGGUUCCGUCAAAUCAAACAUCGGACAUUCAGAACCAACAUCUGGUGUCUGUUCGAUUAUUAAGGUAAACAACUGA